ACUGCAGAAGAACGCUCUCGCAAUAGCGCGCGAGAUUGCAGACGAGACCGGCGCACUGAUGGCGGGAAAUCUCUGCGGUACCGGAAUAUACAGCGCAGAUGACAAAGACUCCCAUGCGACUUGCAGAGAAAUGUUUAGAUUAAUCAAGACGAAUACAUGAAACACAUCGUUAGAGGAAGCCCCUCUGCAAAGUGGUGCUCGACAUCUAACACACACCUCAUGACGAAUACUAAUAAAAUGACGAUUUAACAAAAACGUCUACUAUGUAUACGUCUUCAUGCACUGAUCGUUAACAAUAUGUAGAACCCAAAAUAAACACUACAAUAGACCUGCAAGCGAAACACGUAAAAGUUAGAGGGUUUAUUAUAAUAUAAUAUAUUCAUGCUUAUUUCAAUAAAUGGGAAGUCUAUCCAUGUCUUUUAAACGGCUGCUGUAGAGAUAUUAAUAUUUCAAUAAAUAGUUUUAUUGACCGUAGAACGUAUUCAAGGGCUGACGACUAUGGAAGACUUUGUAAUGAGCGGACACGCCUCUAUAUCGGACUCAUUUACAGAUAUAAUUGGGCAGAACGAUACAGAAAAAUUGAAUGUCACCUAUUACAAUUACCACAAUAAUUUCCCGGACCCUCCAACACCGACAGAAAAGAUUUUGCAGAGUAUUAUAAAUGUUCUGGAUCAAUAUGGCGUACCAAGUCUUCUAACAAUAGGCGUGUUUUCCAACGUAUUUCUGUCAAUUACUAUCCGAAACUCAGAACUCAAGAAGAUCGCAGCGUGUUGCUAUUUUUAUGCAUCAAGCAUCGUUGACACUCUGUAUCUUAUUGUAAUGGCAAUCCCGUGGGUGUCGAUGCGAAUCGUUGACAUCUACAACAUGGAGGGUUUCUGUCAGCUAGUGUAUUAUCUGAAUCUACUGACAACAUUCCUGUCAACCUGGUAUGUGGCAAUGCUACUCGUGGAAAGGGUAAUUAUCUGCUACAGGCCUAGCACAGCGGAGAGGUACUUCAACGCAUUUAGGACAAAGUGCUACAUCACGACGGUGUCAAUCUUUGCGAUUGUUGGCCAUUUGUAUCUUACAUGGACUAGCGCCGUAUCGUACAAUCAGAUAUAUAGGACACGACUUUGCUUUGUGAUACCGGAAAACUCACAGGACAUCAUGGUAAUGCGAAAAAUAGACACCGUACUGGCGUUUAUCCUUCCAGUGGCUAUUUGUGUCUUACUGAUAAUGCCUUUAUCAGUGUUUCUCUGUGCAUCCAAUUUCAAAUGUACUGAUGGGAUUCUACGUGUACGGACAAAAGUAAUCACCGUGGAGGUGCGGCUUAAUUCUAAGAAAAGACGUCAAAAGUAUACCGAAUGUCCAUCGUGCUCCACUCAAACAGAUAAAAUACAGAAACAGAGACUGAUAAUGUUCUCCCAGAGCCGGCGUCUAACGCUUGCAGCCGUUGUUAUGGCCGUUGUAUUUUUAGUUUUGUCUGUUCCCCAGAAUAUAAUCAAAUCAAAGAUCACCUUUCUAAAUGGUGAUUACAUACGCACGCCUGGGGAUGUGUACAUUUUAAAGCUUUUUGAAGAGUUUUAUAAAAUCAAUUUUGUUUACAAGGGAGUUAUUUAUUUUACAAUUUUGCCCGAAAUGAGAACUAAUAUUGUGAACCUCGUACUAAGGAUCUGUCGACGUGCAAAUAAAUCUAAGAGGGCACAAAGGCAGGAUAAUAUUAUUGUUACCACUUUAUAAACAAAUGUGUUUGUCAUCAAUAACUACAUGAAGUUUAGCUUGAUUUAAAUGCAACUGAUUGGCCUUAGUGAACAGUCUAGAAUGCAUGGUUACGAAGACGAAAGGGAUUUCAUUCAGGCUAUUGUACUGUAAAGGCAAUCUGUGAAUCGGUUGACGAAAACAUGAAUUAGAAAAAAGUUUUCACAAAAGAAAAAUAGUUUAAUGUUCAUACCUAGAUUGAUAUAUUGUUGAAGCAUAUCAACUAUAAAAGCAGUAAGUAGCCGCUGUUUUGCUUUUUAUUAGUCGCAGUCUUUGCCUGACUAUGGUUGAAUAAAACGGACAACCACGCUGAGUUUAUUGGUUCAUUUAGAGGUGGGGCUACAUGUUCGUUUGUGUCACUUACAUAUUCACCAAAAACGUUACUCCCUUAUAAACGUAAAUCAACGUUGGUCGUAAUAAAUGGUUCUGAUGUAACAAAUGAAAAACGUUGUACCAAUAAAAUACUAAUUGUAACGUCAUAACAUCACCGUUUUUUUUGUUCCGUAACAGUUUUGAAAAUGAUCAUAAUCAAAAUAUAAUUGUU